GUUAGAAAAAAAGUUUAUUUACUUCCGGUGAAGAGUUGAGCUGCAGCUGAAUGAUAAAAUAGUGGUGAUAAGGUACCUGUGUUUACCAACUUGUUAUUCUGAACACUUUGAAACUCUAUUGUGUCAUUUAAAAUUCAGGUCUUAAUUUACGGUGUCAGAGCUGAACUUUACUCGGGUUUGCGGGACUGCCGAUGCUAAUGCUAGUUAAUCAUUACCAUAAACAAACCACAGCCCGCGGUCACACAAGCGCGGGCACAAGCUAGUGAUCAGAUAUAAACUCAUCUGUUUUUGUUGGUAUUAGGAGUAAAAUAAGGCUUAUAAGAUUCCGUGAGAUUAGAUCGUAAUGUUUCUUCUAAAAGCAUCUCGGGAGCUGGUGUUUAUUUUUCAUUUUUUAAGCUUUUGAGCUGCAAAUGUUUGAUUUACUCACAGACUGGGAACUAAUACUACUACUACUACAGCUGUGCAGUUAACUACUUUUGUUGUAUUAUAUUGUAUUAUAUUGUAUUAUUUUGAUGAAUAUUAAAAUUAUUCUUAUUGGUUAAAAAAAUGCUCACCAUCCCACAGAAUCUUCUCAGGUGCAGUAGGGCUGAGCGAUAUGUGAAAAAGUUUAUCACGAUUUUUUUUUCAUAUCAGUCAAUAUCGACAAAUAUCACAAUAUUGUCAAUCUUAAAUGUUCUUUGUAACUCUUAAAUGAAAUGUAACAGUGCUUAUUGGUAGCAUGUCCUUUGCAAUACAAUAAGCUACUGCAUCUGUGAGGUCUUUGUGACUUUUUGUUGUAAGGCGUUGCGCUAGAAAAAGCAGACUGAAUGGUUGGCUGUUUUGACUGCACAGGCAUCGUGAGCCUCUUUUGCACUUGCUUGUGUCAGUCUGGCUGACGAUGUCGUCAUCGGUUGAGCCUUCAUCUGCGUUUCUGUUGUGGUAGCACUCAUAUUCUUUUUUUCUCACUGACCAUGCUGUCAGCUUCACGUGUUAAAGUGCUAUGGUUGUGUGUAGCUGCAGCCUUCUACUAUGCAGUUGUUUGCUACUUUGUUCCAAAUCAGCAUUGGUUCAACACGGCGCAGACCCGGAGCAGCUCUUCUUUUCACUGGCUAUUUGUAUAGUCUACCAAAACAUGGCAGAACCCCGGCUAUUGAAAAGCAUAUAGACCGUAUUUAUAUUGCUAUCAAGUGAAAUUACUUUUUGAUAUAUAUCGUUACCGUUUUAUCGCCCAGCCCUAGGUGUAGGUCCAUCAUCUGUUGGACAAACUUCCUCUACAUCUGAACAUUUCAACCCUUACAUAGACAGGAUUCAUUUCAUUUUUUUUGUUCCAGACUGUGAUUGUUAUUAAAUGCUGCAUUACUUUGUGUAUUUGUCAGGUGAGCUACAAAAAUGGAGUCCAGCGAGGAGGGGGGCCUCAGCGUUGGAGGCUCAGUGGGAGAAGAGAACUACUUCCUUGGGUACACUUUUACCGACCGCUCUCAUUCCAGCCGUGUGGUCAAGAGCAUCAUGGACCUUUGUCUGGAGGAUGGCCUGUUUGCUGAUGUCACCAUCACCGUGGACAGCAAAGAGUUUCACCUCCACAGGCUUGUGCUGUCGGCACAGAGCAGUUUCUUCCGCUCCAUGUUCACCUCUAAUCUCAAAGAGUCCCACAACCGCUCCAUUGAGCUAAAGGAUGUUAGUGCCACUGUCUUUCAGCUGCUGAUUGACUAUAUCUAUCACGGCACUAUUAAACUGAGGGUGGAGGAGCUGCAGGACACAUAUGAGAUGGCAGAUAUGUACCAGCUGACUGCACUCUUUGAGGAGUGCUCCCGCUUUCUAUCACGGACAGUCGAGGUCAAGAACUGCCUGCAGGUGAGUCAUUCUUCUUUUUACAGGGUUUUCAGCUUUAAUGAUUGUGUGGCUAAAGUUGAAUGACUCCCUUGUGCAGGUGAUGUGGCUUGCAGACAGACAUAGUGACCAGGAGUUGUAUACUGCAGCCAAGCAUUGUGCAAAAAUCCACCUUGCCCAGCUGCAUCAGACAGAAGAGUUUCUGAAUCUGCCUCUCUGUCUGCUCAUGGACAUCAUCAAAGGUAUCAACUAUUAAUUUUCUAUUAGAGCUCUACUUUUUUUAAUGAAAGUUUUUAAAUUUAAAACAGAACAUGAACCUCAUUAUGUGAGACAGAUCAUAUCUCUCUCAAUUCGUAGAUUUCUGUACGGUAUAAAAAUAAACCAUCACAUUCCUGAAACCAACCUCAGAUAGUUGUUCAUCAGGAUGCACACAGUGUUUUAUGUUAAUAUGCAUAGUCAUAGUCCUAUAAACUUGAACGGACCAUUGAUUUAGCCUAUUUUUUGCUCAGUGGUCAAAACAGUUAGUAUCCUGAGUUUCUUGUUUUCCUCAAUUAAUUCCCCUCAUGACUUGAUGAGUAUGUUUCACAAGGUUUUAUGUUUGUUUGUAUUCAGAUGGAGUUCCAAGCUCCCAGAAUCCGACCAUGGCCAUUGAGUCAUGGAUCAACAACAACAAGGUGGAAAGGGAGGAAUUUUCUUGUAUCCUCCAAGAAAACCUCAAGGUAGCAUGUUUUCAUUCAAGCCUGAUUGUCUCUUUGUAAAGUCAUCUCACUUUGGGUCUGUUUUCUGCCACUGACGUCUUUGAUGUCUUUGUCUCUUGUGUCUGUAGGAAAUAGGUGAGAAUGUCCACAUUUACCUUAUCGGUAAAGAAGAGACUCGCACUCAUUCACUGGCUGUGUCACUUCACUGUGAUGAGGAUGAUGCCAUCAGUGUGAGUGGACAGAACAGUUUGUGUCAUCAGAUCACUGCGGCCUGCAAACAUGGUGGAGACCUUUAUGUAGUCGGGGGGUCCAUCCCUCGCCGUAUGUGGAAGUGCAACAUGCACACCAUGGACUGGGAGCGCUGUGCUCCGCUGCCCAGAGACCGCUUACACCAUACCAUGGUCUCUGUCUCCACAGAGGACGCUAUCUACUCACUAGGAGGUAAGACAUUACAGGACACGCUCUCAAAUGCGGUCAUCUUUUACACAGUGAAGGACAAUAUGUGGACAGAGACCAGCCAGCUGGACACUGCAGUGUCAGGGGCUGCUGGCGUAAAUUUGGGAGGUACUAUCUAUUUGCUUGGAGGGGAAGAGAAUGACAUGGACUUCUUUACCAAGCCGUCUCGACUGAUUCAGUGCUUCGACACGGCCUCUCAGAAGUGUCAGAUCAAACCGUACAUGCUGCCAUUCGCAGGCUGCAUGCACGCCGCGGUUCACAUGGAUGUUAUCUUCAUUGUGGCAGAAGGAGACUCCCUGGUGUGCUACAACCCUCUGCUGGAGAGCUUCACCCGCUUACGCUUCCCCGAGGUGUGGAGCUGUGUUCCUUCUCUGUGGAAGGUGGCCAGCUGUAAUGGCUGCAUUUACGUCUUCAGGGACAAAUGUAAGAAAGGGGACGCCAACACGUUAAAGUUUAACCCAGCCACAUCUGUGGUCUCGGUCAUCAGAGGGAUAAAAAUCCUCCUCACGAACUGGCAGUUUGUCUUGGCUUGAACUCUCUUCACCAUCAGACCAGUAAAAUCAGCUCAGCAUUAUGUGCGUGUGUCAAUUAGUCGUCUCAUUGUGAAUCUCUUGAACAGUUUGUGGUGAUGCUGUAAUCAGUGAUGAAAUUAUCAGCAUUGUUUCUGUGCACUGCUUGUCUUUUGAUACGCAUGAACACCUUUUUUUUUUCUUUUUUUUUUGCAUAAAACUCAAUGUAUCCUAAUGAUGUCAAACAUACACGAACAUGUCCACAGGGACUGUUUCCAGACUUCAUAACCAUUCAGUUUCUUGUCUCAUUGAAGAUUGUAUUUUUUGAUGUAGAGUGUACAUGUUCAUGUUAAACUGUUAACACGGAUGUCAAAUAUACACACAUUGCUAUAAUUACAAGCUGUCACUGUUUGUUUUGAUCUUUGUUGCCUUUUGGUCUUCAUUCAUUAAUUCUGCUAUCAAUACCAUGUUUAUUACUGGGGGUUUGGGAUCUUUCAGUCUGCAGUUACAUAGAAAUGCACUUAGUUGCUACUGAAUUGUGCCUCAGCAAAGACUCCUGACUGUACCUUUGGCUCAUUGUUACAUCCUCGGAAUGGUGGGUGGUAUUAGUGGUGUAAAAGGGGUCUGUUUUGUCCUUGGGGGUGAGAGAAACAGGGCGAUUGAAGGAGAGAAAGCUACUACAGAGAGGCCUAAACUAUGAUCCCAUUGAUGUGUUGCAGGAGGCUGUGCAGCUGAAACCCAAACCCAGUAACAUGUCAGACUUUCUGAACUAUUCUAAGCAUCAGUUGCUGACGCCAAGACAAGGGGUGGGGGCUUCUAGGGGCACAUAUGCACCUCCAUAAGAACUCCCAACAGGAACUGACAGCCACUACAGGCACUAUUUGACGUGCGGUCCCUUAAUGUUGGGCAAUAAA